AUGGCGGAUGUUCUGCAAUCUUUCCUGCCCAAGGACCUCGGACGUCUCCUAGCAACAAAGGAGGGUGCUGAUGUGGACUUUGAGGUUGGUGGCAUGGUGUUCGCCGCACAUAGGUGUGUUCUUGCUGCUCGAUCGCCAGUUUCCAAGGCUGAUUUAUUUGGGCCGACAAUGGAGGAAAACACUAGCUACAUACGCAUCAACGACAUGAACGCAGAAACAUUCCAGGCGUUGUUGCACUACAUUUACACCGACUCGUUGCCAGAUAUGAACGAUCAAGAAGUAGGGGCCAUGGCUCAUCAUUUGCUAUCUGCAGCAGAUAGGAUACACUUCCCGGGCUUGGUCGAGCGCGGUGGACGGGUGGAGCCGGCCUACACGUGGGACCACUACGUCGCUGCCGAUGACUUUGCUGACCGUGAAAAUAGGUCAUUCCCAAACAAGGCAUUGCAGGUGAAGGGUGAGCUGUGGGACUUCUACAGAUGCCAGGAGGGUUUCGAGGCCCGGGUGAAUGCCAUCUGUGAUGAGGUUGCCAAGAAGCUUGUGAAGGAUAUGCACUACGAGUCGCGCAUCCAAGCCAUCAUCUAA